ACCCGGAAGUGCGGCUGACGUGUCCCGGCAGCGCUCGGAAUUGUGGGCGACUCGGCUAAUGGCGUCGGCGAGUCUUAGGGGCCUGGGGAGCUGGCGCUGAAGCUUCUUGCCAGGUUGGCUGGUGACACCCGGUGUGGCUGGGCCCCGCGGCAGCGGAGGGACCUGCCCGCCUUGUGGGUUUCUCGGCCAGAGUCGGCGGAGCCUAGCGGGACGGUGCGACUGCGGGGGGCGCCUCCGAGAGAAGCCGGAGGUGUUGCGGGGAAGCUGCUGGGGGACGCUCGAGCAGGCUCCGGGUUCGCAGCCCAGGGCCCGGCAGAGCCCCUGCAGGGCCCAGGAAGCGGGCUGCUGAAGGACCAGAGACACCGGGAGGGAGCUGCCUGUGGCCCCAAGGAGCUGACAGUGCCAGAGCUUGUUUGUACCUCUCGGAAAUUGGCUGGGACCUUGGAGGAUCAUGUCCGGCACCAGCAGCCCCGAGGCGGUGAAGAAGCUGCUGGAGAAUAUGCAGAGCGACUUGCGCGCCUUGUCACUGGAGUGCAAGAAGAAAUUCCCACCUGUCAAAGAGGCUGCUGAAUCAGGAAUAAUAAAAGUUAAAACAAUUGCUGCACGAAACACUGAAAUUUUGGCAGGAUAAAAACUGCAAUUAUGCAGUGAAACUGCUCAGAGCAAGGAAACCCCUAGGAUAUGGGGACCUGGUGGACCUUUUUCAGCACUGAAAGAGAACAGCUCAGAGGUUGUACAGCCUUUUUUAAUGGGUUGUGGAACCAAGGAACCGAAGAUCACUCAGCUAUGUUUGGCUGCUAUUCAGAGACUCAUGUCACAUGAAGUCGUGUCUGAGACUGCAGCUGGAAAUAUAAUUAACAUGCUUUGGCAGCUAAUGGAGAAUAGUCUUGAAGAACUUAAGCUACUUCAAACAGUUCUUGUUCUUUUAACAACCAAUACAGUAGUUCAUGAUGAGGCACUUUCUAAGGCAAUCGUUCUUUGUUUUCGACUACACUUCACAAAAGAUAAUAUUACAAAUAAUACAGCUGCUGCUACAGUGCGACAAGUUGUUACUGUUGUUUUUGAGAGGAUGGUUGCUGAAGAUGAACGACACAGAGAUAUUAUAGAACAACCAGUACUGGUACAAGGAAAUAGUAACAGAAGAUCUGUCAGUACCCUCAAACCUUGUGCUAAAGAUGCAUAUAUGCUUUUCCAGGAUCUUUGUCAGUUGGUUAAUGCUGAUGCUCCUUAUUGGCUAGUGGGCAUGACAGAAAUGACUCGGACGUUUGGCCUCGAAUUACUUGAGUCAGUCCUCAAUGAUUUUCCGCAGGUCUUUUUACAACACCAAGAAUUUAGUUUCCUCCUCAAAGAAAGGGUAUGUCCUCUUGUGAUAAAGCUCUUUUCUCCAAAUAUAAAGUUCAGACAAGGUUCCAGCACCUCAUCUUCUCCAGCACCAGUUGAAAAACCAUAUUUUCCUAUCUGCAUGCGUUUGCUGAGAGUAGUAUCUGUUCUGAUUAAGCAGUUUUACAGUCUUUUGGUAACUGAAUGUGAGAUAUUUCUGUCACUUCUGGUGAAAUUUCUGGAUGCAGAUAAACCACAGUGGCUACGAGCUGUUGCGGUGGAAUCAAUACACAGAUUCUGUGUGCAGCCUCAACUAUUAAGGUCAUUUUGUCAGUCCUAUGAUAUGAAACAGCAUUCUACCAAGGUUUUUCGUGAUAUUGUAAAUGCACUGGGAUCUUUUAUACAGUCCUUGUUUCUUGUCCCCCCUACUGGAAAUCCUGCAACAAGCAACCAAGCUGGAAACAAUAAUUUAGGUGGCUCAGUCUCAGCACCAGCUAACUCAGGAAUGGUGGGGAUUGGUGGAGGUGUUACUUUGCUACCAGCAUUUGAAUAUAGGGGAACCUGGAUACCUAUUCUGACAAUCACAGUUCAAGGCAGUGCUAAAGCCACCUACUUAGAAAUGUUGGACAAAGUUGAGCCUCCAACUAUACCUGAAGGUUACGCCAUGUCUGUGGCAUUCCAUUGUUUGCUAGACCUUGUUCGUGGAAUCACAAGUAUGAUUGAAGGAGAGCUAGGAGAGGUUGAAACAGAAUGUCAAACCACCACUGAAGAAGGUUCUUCACCAACACAGUCGACAGAACAGCAGGAUUUACAGUCAACGUCAGACCAAAUGGAUAAGGAAAUUGUUAGUAGGGCUGUUUGGGAAGAAAUGGUGAAUGCCUGCUGGUGUGGUCUUCUUGCUGCACUCUCACUCCUUCUUGAUGCCAGCACAGAUGAAGCUGCCACUGAGAAUAUUUUAAAAGCUGAACUGACUAUGGCUGCUCUUUGUGGAAGACUGGGCCUUGUAACUUCAAGAGAUGCCUUUAUAACUGCAAUAUGCAAAGGUUCCCUGCCUCCCCAUUAUGCUCUUACUGUAUUGAAUACCACCACUGCAGCUACACUUUCCAGCAAAUCAUAUUCCGUUCAGGGCCAAAGUGUUAUGAUGAUAAGUCCAUCAAGUGAAUCUCACCAACAAGUUGUGGCAGUGGGUCAACCUUUAGCAGUCCAGCCUCAAGGGACAGUAAUGCUGACUUCCAAAAAUAUCCAAUGUAUGAGGACUUUACUUAACUUGGCGCAUUGCCAUGGGGCUGUUCUUGGAACAUCAUGGCAACUUGUCUUGGCAACUCUUCAGCAUCUUGUGUGGAUUCUGGGAUUAAAGCCUAGUAGUGGCGGUGCCUUGAAACCUGGGAGAGCUGUAGAAGGACCCAGUACAGUUCUGACAACAGCAGUGAUGACAGAUUUACCAGUGAUUUCCAAUAUACUUUCAAGAUUGUUUGAAAGCUCACAGUAUCUUGAUGAUGUAUCACUGCAUCAUUUAAUAAAUGCACUUUGCUCCUUGUCUCUAGAAGCAAUGGAUAUGGCCUAUGGAAAUAAUAAGGAACCAUCUCUUUUUGCUGUUGCCAAAUUGUUAGAAACUGGUUUAGUUAAUAUGCAUCGAAUAGAAAUUCUGUGGAGACCUCUGACUGGCCAUCUUCUUGAGGUCUGCCAGCAUCCAAACUCUCGAAUGAGAGAAUGGGGAGCAGAAGCUUUAACUUCUCUUAUUAAAGCAGGAUUAACAUUUAACCAUGAUCCUCCACUCUCACAAAACCAGAGGCUGCAGUUGCUUUUAUUGAACCCAUUAAAGGAGAUGUCCAAUAUUAAUCAUCCAGAUAUUCGACUCAAGCAGUUAGAAUGCGUGUUGCAGAUUCUGCAGAGUCAGGGAGACAGUCUUGGGCCUGGAUGGCCAUUAGUGCUUGGAGUCAUGGGAGCAAUCAGAAAUGAUCAAGGAGAAUCCUUGAUACGAACUGCAUUCCAGUGUCUUCAGUUGGUUGUGACAGAUUUUCUACCAACAAUGCCUUGUACUUGCCUGCAAAUAGUUGUAGAUGUUGCAGGUAGCUUUGGCCUCCAUAACCAAGAACUCAAUAUUAGUUUAACUUCAAUAGGUUUAUUGUGGAAUAUUUCAGAUUAUUUUUUCCAAAGAGGGGAAACCAUUGAAAAAGAACUAAAUAAGGAAGAGGCAGCACAGCAAAAGCAGGCAGAAGAGAAAGGAGUUGUUUUAAAUCGGCCAUUCCACCCUGCACCGCCAUUUGAUUGCUUGUGGUUAUGUCUUUAUGCAAAAUUGGGUGAACUAUGUGUGGAUCCCCGUCCUGCUGUCAGGAAGAGUGCAGGGCAAACUCUGUUUUCUACAAUUGGUGCGCAUGGAACUUUAUUACAGCAUUCAACCUGGCACACUGUUAUCUGGAAGGUACUCUUUCAUCUACUGGACAGAGUUCGAGAGUCCUCUACCACUGCAGACAAAGAAAAGAUUGAGUCUGGAGGUGGCAAUAUUCUCAUUCAUCAUUCAAGGGACACCGCCGAGAAGCAAUGGGCUGAGACGUGGGUGUUAACAUUGGCUGGAGUAGCAAGGAUCUUCAACACUAGAAGAUAUUUGCUGCAGCCUUUAGGAGAUUUUUCAAGAGCUUGGGAUGUUCUUCUUGACCAUAUACAGUCAGCAGCACUCAGCAAAAACAAUGAAGUAUCUCUGGCUGCUCUGAAAAGCUUCCAGGAAAUUUUACAGAUUGUGUCCCCUGUCAGAGACUCAGAUAAGCCUGAGACACCACCUGUAGUUAAUGUACCUGUGCCUGUUCUUAUAGGGCCCAUAUCAGGCAUGAGCAGGCCAUUUGUAAGAACAGAUUCCAUUGGAGAAAAACUUGGAAGAUAUAGUAGCUCUGAGCCACCCAUUGUUACUGAUGAGCUUGAAGAUUUGAAUCUAUGGUGGGCUGCGUGGAAUACCUGGUAUAGAAUUGGAUCUGAAAGUACUAAGCCUCCUAUUACUUUUGAUAAACUAACUUUUAUUCCUAGCCAGCCUUUUCUUACAGCUUUAAUUCAGAUAUUUCCAGCUCUCUACCAACACAUAAAAACUGGUUUCAAUAUGGAUGACUUGCAAAAGUUGGGAGUCAUAUUGCACAGUGCUAUUUCAGUCCCAAUAAGUUCAGAUGCAUCCCCUUUUAUUCUUCCAUCUUAUACCGAAGCAGUUUUGACAAGUUUACAGGAAGCUGUACUUACAGCUUUAGAUGUUCUCCAAAAGGCCAUUUGUGUAGGACCAGAAAACAUGCAGAUAAUGUAUCCAGCUAUAUUUGACCAGUUGUUGGCAUUUGUAGAAUUUUCAUGUAAACCUCCACAGUAUGGACAGCUGGAAACAAAGCACAUUGCAAAUGCAAAAUAUAAUCAGAUCCAACUAUUUGCACCGGCGGAAUGGGUAGCCUUGAAUUAUGUGCCGUUUGCUGAAAGGUCUUUAGAAGUAGUUGUGGAUUUAUACCAAAAAACAGCGUGUCACAAAGCAGUGGUGAAUGAGAAAGUGCUCCAGAAUAUUAUUAAGACUCUUAGGGUUCCUCUCAGUUUGAAGUAUUCCUGCCCUUCUGAAAGCACAUGGAAACUAGCAGUAUCCUCUCUCCUCAGAGUUCUUUCUAUUGGGCUACCUGUUGCCCGGCAGCAUGCUUCUUCUGGAAAAUUUGACAGUAUGUGGCCAGAACUAGCCAAUACUUUUGAAGAUUUUCUCUUUACUAAAAGCAUACCUCCAGAUAAUCUCUCUAUUCAAGAGUUUCAAAGAAAUGAAAAUAUUGAUGUCGAGGUAGUUCAACUUAUCAGCAAUGAGAUACUACCUUAUGCCAAUUUUAUUCCUAAGGAAUUUGUUGGUCAAAUAAUGACAAUGCUUAACAAGGGCUCAAUACAUUCUCAGUCAUCUUCAUUUACAGAAGCAGAGAUUGAUAUUCGUUUGAGAGAGGAAUUUUCUAAAAUGUGUUUUGAAACAUUACUCCAGUUUUCCUUCAGUAAUAAAGUCACAACACCUCAAGAAGGCUACAUCUCACGAAUGGCACUCUCAGUGCUUUUAAAGAGGUCCCAAGAUGUACUACAUCGCUAUAUAGAGGAUGAAAGAUUAAGUGGUAAAUGCCCUCUUCCAAGGCAACAAGUAACAGAAAUUAUAUUUGUUUUAAAAGCAGUCAGUACUCUUAUUGAUUCACUUAAGAAAACUCAGCCUGAGAAUGUUGAUGGAAAUACCUGGGCACAAGUAAUUGCCUUAUACCCAACUUUAGUAGAAUGCAUCACCUGUUCUUCUUCAGAAGUCUGUUCUGCACUUAAAGAGGCACUAGUUCCUUUUAAGGAUUUCAUGCAGCCACCAGCAUCCAGAGUUCAAAAUGGAGAAUCUUGACCGGCUACAAUAUAUUUGAAAGCAGGAAGAUAGUCUAAAAAAUGUUUGCUCCUAAUUGAGUCUUCUGUGAGAAGGACAUUUCUUAUUGCAAAUAAUUCUUGGCAGCUGUUGUUGGCCUCCUUUAUAUUCUACUUACCUGAGUUCAGUAAUUCAUAUUACAGGCUUGCACAUCAACAAAGGCUCCUGAAUGAACAGCAGUGUAAGGCUUUAAUAAAUUAAACUGAUGGGAGGGAUAAUUAACACUACAGUAUACAUGCUACCAUAUCUCCAGUUGGUGAUUUAAAGUGAGCUUAUGUACAGUUUGUGGUGUAUGUGUUAAUGAUGUACUUUUUAAAAAGAAAGAAGAGAUAUUUCAAUUCAGUCAGAUUUAUUAGUCUGGUGUUUUUGCACCCUUUUUCAAGUACAAAAUCGUACUAGAAUUUUAUGCAAGAUGGUACUGUAACAUUCCAUAUUAUCUAUAACCAGCCUUUGUUAACAAAGGGAACUGAUAUACUUGUGUGUAUAAUAAAUGGUACAGUUCUGUAUAAAA